CAACAACAAUUUUUUGGCUACUGCUGUUGCUGAGAUGGAUAUAGAGGUUCCGUAUUCGUCCUUGAUUGAUGACGUUGAAAGCACUGAGUUUCCUGUGCCUUCUCCUCGCCAGGUCUUGAGAAUUGCGCUCAACGUUAAAUAUGUCAUCGACCAGAUUAUCCAGAUCCAAUAUGAACCUGAUUUGCUUACCUGUCCAGACUCCAGAAUCAUAAACCAGAAAGCUGUUCGUUUGGUUUUAGAAGCUGCUGGGGGAAAAGGAGAUGGUGCACCAAACUCAUCUUCUAGAAAAUAUAGGGCUCCCUUGAUUUUUUGCUUGUUGAAAAUUUGCUGGUGGAACUACAAGCUAUCUUUGACUGAACUACACGAUGCUGAAUUGUACCAGUCCCGACUAAUUGCUUCUCAACAACUAGCAAAGUUGAUUAUUGAGAACGAAGAAGACGAGAAAUACUUGUUCAUUAAUAUGCUCUGCAAGAGAUAUAGAAUAACUUUAAACGACCGUGACUCUGUGCCUUUAAAUGCUCUUGAAUUGGCUGUUGAUCAACAUUCUACAAUCAUCAUAGGCUCUUCGGGUUAUCAGCGCUGCAUGAAAUGGUUGUGGAGAGGUUGGAUUGUUCAAAGCGAAAACGAUCCCUCGUCUUACGAACUAUACAAAGACAUUAGCUCAACAAGUUUCUUAAAACAUUUCAAUCCCGACAGAAUUAAAUCCCCAUUGUACCAAUAUAUCUUGGAGAUUUUCUUCUCUUUGGUCUAUUUGCUUAUAUUCACUUUUGUUAUCAAUUCUCAUGUUGGCUCAAACUCAAUGACUGCUUUUGAGACCUUAUUUAUUAUCUUUACUGCCGGCCUAAUUCUAGAUGAAAUAACAAAAUUGUACCACGUUGGUUAUUACUACAUUGGCUUUUGGAAUGUAUUUAACGAUUUCAUGUACAUCCUCAUAAUAAUCUGGUUCGUUAUAAGAUGCUAUGGAUUAUCAAAGGAUACUUCCGAAUUGCGUGAUAAAUAUGAUGAAUUUAGUUACUACAUAUUAUCCUGUGUUUCCCCUCUUAUCUGGUCAAGAUUGCUACUAUACUUGGAUGCUCAGAAAUUCGUUGGUGUCAUGAUUGUUGUCUUAAAAGUCAUGAUGAAGGAAUCCGCUUUAUUUUUCUUUUUACUUGUAAUUGUAAUUGCAGGUUUCUUGCAAGGUUUUAUUGGUUUAGAUACUGCUGAUGGGAAAAGAGACGUAACAGAUUUGGUUGUUGGUGUAAUGCUACGAACAGUUAUUGACGGUGGUGAAUUUGAUGUUUUAGAUCAAUUCACUCCUCCCUUUGGUAAUUUACUCUACUCAAUUUAUGCCUUUGUUGUUGCCGUUAUCCUAUUAAACAUCUUGGUUGCAUUAUACAAUACUGCCUAUCAAGAUAUUUAUGAUAAUGCUUUGGAUGAAUUUAUGGCAAUUGUCGCUCAUAAAACAUUAAGAUACAUCAGAGCCCCCGAUGAAAACGUUUUUGUUCCUCCAUUAAACUUAAUCGAAAUCGCUGUUAUCCCCUUGGGCUGGUUUCUAGAUAAAAGAAACUAUAAAUAUAUCAAUGACACUUUAAUGAGUUUCUUGUAUUCUCCUUUUCUAUUAUACAUUUCUUUUAGAGAAGUCAAAGAUGCUAAAAGAGUUCAAUAUAAUAGAUUCAAGAAAACUUGUGAUGACGCCAACGAAUAUGACUAUGAAUGGGACCUUCAAGACGGUUAUUAUAGUGGCGAUGAAGAUUUACAGGAUGCUCAAAACAGAAUUGCAAGAGGUUUAAGAGCUCAAAAUUUGGCAGAAAGUUCUGACCCGGAAUUUUUAAUCGACUUUAAAAGCUUUAAAAAGAAAGUUCAAAAUCUUGUUCCUCCAAUCGAAAAGGGUGAGGAUUCUGGUGUAGGUUGGCAACAAUAUGCCCUUUAUAAAAAAAUCGAAGAUUUAACCGAUCUAGUGUUUGAGUUAAAAGAAGAAAUUAAGACUUUAAAAACUAAAAAUGAAUAA